CACUGUGGUUCAGUCUGCUGCAGUCCCUGCGUGCCCAGUAAGGACGGAUUUCAUUUCUGCCUCUGGAUUUCUUCAGAACACUCAGCUGCCUGCGGGUCCUUCUGGGUUGCAAAGGGAAGCUAGGAGCCUGCUCUUCAGGCCACGACCUGACUUCCGUCCUCAAGUCACUAGCAGGCCCGAGUGUAACCAGGCUUCCUACAGGAUAACCAUGAAGCUGCUAUGGAUGUCCCUGCUGCUCGUGGCCUUUUGCAUCUCCACUGUCUGGGGCUUGCCAGAGGAGGACAUCAAGGAAGCCAGCAUCAACAUAUCCCAGCCCAUGCAUAUCGUGGAGGAAGGCAACCUGCUAGUGCUAACACCUGCUGGCCUGACCCAGAUGCUGAACCAGACCCGCUUCCUCAUGGUGCUUUUUCACAACCCAUCCUCCAAGCAAUCCAGGAAUCUGGCUGAGGAGUUGGGCCAAGCUGUGGAAAUCAUGGGCAAAGGCAAGAAUGGGCUCGGCUUUGGCAAAGUGGACAUCACGGUAGAGAAGGAACUUCAGAAAGAGUUUGAUGUUAAGAAGGCCCCAGAGCUGAAGCUGUUUUUUGAGGGCAACAGGUCAGAACCCAUCAGUUGCAAAGGAGUGGUUGAAUCUACUGCCUUGGUCGUUUGGUUGAGAAGACAAAUUCGCCAGAAAGCAUUUUUGUUCAAUAACACCCAGCAGGUGGUAGAGUUUGUGAAUUCUAGGCCCUUGGUCAUCAUCGGCUUCUUCCAGGAUUUAGAGGAAGAAGUGGCAGAGUUGUUCUAUGAUAUGAUCAAAGACUUUCCAGAGCUAACAUUUGGAGUGAUAUCAAUUAGCAAUGUCAUUGGACGUUUCCAUGUCACCCUUGACAGUGUUCUGGUGUUCAAAAAGGGAAAAAUUGUGAAACGCGAGGAGCUUAUUAAUGACAUUACCAACAAACAUGUCCUCAAUCAAGUCAUAAAAGGGCACCUCACCGAUUUUGUUAUUGAAUACAACACUGAGAGCAAGGACCUGAUUUAUGAAUUGCACAUCCUGAAUCACAUGCUGCUCUUCGCCUCCAAAAGCUGGGAAUCAUUUGGUUUGAUAAUGCAGCAUUAUAAAUUGGCAUCGAAGGAAUUUACAAAUAAGAUCCUUUUCAUCCUUGUGAAUGCAGAUGAACCCAGAAACGGACAUAUCUUGAAAUACUUCAGGAUCACAGAGGUUAAUAUCCCAUGUGUACAAAUCCUAAACUUAAGCUCUGACGCAAGGUACAAAAUGCCUUCUGAGGAGAUAACCUAUGAAAAUCUCAAGAAAUUUGGCCAUAGCUUCCUGAAUAGAAAUGCCAAGAAACAUCAAUCCAGUGAAGACAUUCCAAAAUAUUGGGACCAGGGGCCAGUUAAGCAGCUCGUUGGGAAGAACUUCAACGUAGUGGUCUUUGACAAGGAAAGGGAUGUAUUUGUGAUGUUCUAUGCACCCUGGUCAGAUAAGUGUAAGGCACUGUUCCCAGUGUUGGAGGAGUUGGGCAGAAAGUAUCAAAACCACUCGACAGUCACCAUUGCCAAGAUGGACAUCACAGCAAAUGACAUUCAGCUGAUGUACCUGGACCGGUACCCCUUCUUCAGGCUCUUCCCCAUCAACUCUCAACAAGCUGUACUGUACACAGGAGAACAUACCCUGAGGGGCUUUUCUGACUUCCUGGAAAGUCAAAUCAAGACAAGGAUCGAGGAUGAGGAUGAGGAGGAGCUGUUGUCUGUUGAACAAAGUGAAGUGACUGAAGAGGAGGCAUUAGCUGAGGAAAAGAAGGUACCUUUUAUCAAGGAAGAGUUACCUGACCAGAAGUUGCCCGAGCUGGAGAAUGUGACAGUGCUAUUAGAGCCAGCUGGACAGAAGGAAACAGCUGAGGAGGAGGAGAAGGUGGCUAAGCCAAAGGGACCUCCAAAACAAGAGAAGAAACCAAAAGUGAAGGAAGAACUAUAGCUUCUUCAAAGCCCAGAGCCAUUUUCUAAGGGGAAUCUACUCCAAAAAAAUUAUAUAUCAUUGGGGUGGGUGGAAGCUGGAUGAUUAAAAACUCC